GACAAGCAGCAUCAUGGCAGCGCAUUUUCGAUAAAGUGAUACUGUGGAAUGUGAUUGUAAUUUUCCACAUUUCCGAAGUGACUAUUUUGAUUUUGGAUAAAAAAUGAGCUCUUUACAGUAUGUAGUUCAUCCUUUACCAGGUACCGAAGAACAGUUCAACGACAGAUUAAAAGAAGUAGCAGACAGAAUCAACCGACUGGGCCACAACCUACAUCCAGGCCUAUCAAAUCUGAGAGUAGGCGUUAAAAAAAUCUGCCUAGGCUCCACUUACAUAGCCCUUUUAUUAGAAGACGGUCGCGUAUGCAGAAUUUCGUAUAACAUUUUAUCUGACAGGUUGGAUCUGAGCAAAAAUGAUUCAAAAAGAUCAUGGCUGUUGCGCAGCUCCGGAGGUGCAGGAGGCGGAGGCGCAGGAGGUGGUGGAGGUUCUGGACCAGGAGCUGGAGGAAAACCAAGUGGCAGUGGAAGAGGGUGCAGGACCAGAGCCAAUACCCGCCUAAUUCCUGGUAGACCCAGUGCCACUAGAGGAGGAACCGCUAGUAAUACCAAUACUCGUGGUGCACCAGUCAUAAUUGGUACAUCAUCAAGCAGUGGUAGACCAAUGGUAACUGUUCCAGCUCCAUAUGUUCCUGAAGAAUUAGUUUCUCAAGCACAAGUUGUUCUGCAAGGAAAAAGUCGAAGUCUGAUCAUUAGAGAAUUGCAGCGUACAAAUUUGGAUGUCAACUUGGCAGUUAACAAUUUGUUAUCGCGUGAUGACGAAGAAGGCGAGGAAGGAGAUGAUGCAGCCGAUUCCUACGUACCAGAAGACCUAAUUUCUCUUCUAGAUGGAGGGUUUCACUCAGACCAUUCAGUUAUUAUUGACGCUGAUGCCAUGUUUUCUGAAGACAUGUUUGGCUAUGCUGGUAUCAGAAAUCGCUCGAGUGGUGUACGUGGUUCUAGUAGUCGGCUACCGCCUGAAAGAGACGCAGCACCAGGAAGCGCGGGUAGUAAUAUCCCAGAAAGAGACAGGGAAAAUUUUUCUAGAUGGAGGGAAAGGCAGUAUUUUGGACCACGUAAAUGGUUGGAAACAGCUCUGAGGGAUAGUCCUUAUGAAAAAGAUUCUGAUCACAAAAAAAAAGAUUCUGCCUGUCCUCUAUGGAUAUCAGACGAUUUGGAGUUUUGGCCUGAGCCAGCGCCAAAAUUUUGCCAAAUUGCCACUUUAUACAGCGAACUAAUCGCCCUCUCAUCAAAUGGACAACUUUAUCAAUGGAAAUGGAAUGAACACGAGCCCUAUAAACAUCCCGAAAACCCUAAUAUACACCAUCCUAAAACUAUACCUUUGCUCUUAACAAGUGAAAAGGUUAUUCAUUUAUCUGCCUGUUCUACACGUUGCUCAGUAGCUACAGAGUCUGGAAAAGUAGCUACAUGGCUUGACGAACUAUUGGCCCCGGCUGCAAAUAAGUUGGAACAUUCUGCUCAAGCUUAUAGCGAAUUUCAAAAUGAUAGGAUUGAAGCUUUGCACACUUGCCCAUUGUAUACUGUGGCCAAACUGGAAAGUGGUUCCUUAUACUGGUGGGGAGUGCUUCCAUUUGCCCAACGUAAACGUUUAUGGGAAAAAUACCGAGCUAAAUGCCGCAAACAAAGACCAUCGACCAACCAAUCAGAAAUUGUAGUAGGCUCGCAAGUUUGCAUGAAAAAUAGCCCUAUGUAUCAGCCAGGUGCUAUUGGCUUCACUAUAUCUGCAGGUGUUCCAAAAAUGGGGCAAUUGCAAAACGCUGCUUGGACUUUAAGUGAUAGCUGUACAUUCAAAAUUAUGAAUAAUUAUGAAAAGACCAUUAAUAAAGAAGAAAAACCUAGUGCAUCUACCACUAGUGGCCUGUACACAAUUAAAAAUAAAAAUAAAAGAAGCGAAGAUGCCCUUAAUGAAUCUUCCACUUCAAAAAGUUCAAACACAAAAGAAAAUACUGAUAGGCUUGAUAUGCCUCCACCACCAUCUCCUGCCAGUAGUACUUGUAGCGACACAGGAAGUACUGGCCAUAAACGUCAAAAAAAACUAGUAGUUACAGUAUCUGAUGUAAACACAGAUACACGUAAAGAUGAGGAAGAGUGGCAACUGCGAGACGUGAUUUUUGUAGAAGACGUUCGAAAUGUCCCUACAGGCAGAGUCUUAAAAGUUGAUGGAGCUUAUGUUGCUGUACGUUUUCCUACUGCAAAUACUCGAGACAAAGAUGCUAAAGAAUCUGAUGACAUUUUCCAAGAUUGUCGCCUCAUGAGAAAAGAUGAAUUGCAAGUUUUGAAAUCCAGCUCUAAUUCCAAAGUGCCAGAUUGUUUCCAACGUACACCCAAAAGGGUUCAACUGUCAGAAAAUUUAGGACAAAUUUUAACUGUGGCUGUAGAUGGACAAGGGAUUCAUGCCAUCGUUCGAACAAGCACUAAAGUGAGCUACACAAUAUUUAAUAUUAGCACUGGACGAGUGGAACAGGACAACCCAUUUCCUAGUGACACUCUGGCUUUUAUGGGCCAUAGCCCUAAUUUUGUAAACCUUACUUGUGCUGGAGAAAGCAAUGAAUCAGUUUUAAUUCUCCGAGACGGCAAUAACACAAUUUAUCCUUUGGCUAAAGAUUGUGCAGAAGCAAUUCGCGAUCCACAAUUUUUAGACUUACCACCAGUGAAGUGUGUAGCCGCAGGAACUAUGGCUCUUACUGGUACAGGUUUGAACAUGAAAAACCAAGUAGCCGUGGUUGUUUUUGCUUUGGAACAGCAACUUUUGAUGCCCAAAAUCCUGAGAUGCGAUAUUGAAGGUGUGCGGCAAGUGUUGGCUCAAUUAGAGCAAGAUAGUAAUGUGAAUCCUAUAGCCAGACUGUCUGUUUCAACAGAAUUAUGUGAUGGGAAUAGGAAUAUAUUCCACGCUGUGGUGAAUAUGUGUACACCUACAUCUAAUAAGGAUACUGAUUCUGUUCAGGAAGAUCCUGUAAGGUACAUUCAGGAGGAUCCUAUUCCUACACAGAGCUGGCCGCCAGAAUCUUUUGAUGUUGCUUCAGGCGAUGAGGACAGUAUAAUGAGCCUAGGCAGUAGUGCAGCCACCAAAGGCAGCAGCCAAAAUCAUAAUCUGUCUAACAACGUUAUCGAUCCAUCAGAAAGACGUUCAAAUGCUAUGCAGAUCCUUCAUUGUCUACUCGAAUCUCCUACCAUUGACGAAAGCCAUUUAAUCGAGCUUUUGAGUGCCACAGACUCUCAAGGACAAACCCCGUUUAUGUUGGCAGUUACAUCCAGGAGUUACCCAGCAGCUUUGGAGAUUUUUGAACGUAUCACAAAAUUGGGAACUCCGCAAGAACGAGAAUCAAUGAUUUUUCCAAAAGAUUCAAAUCCGGAUCAUUCUCCUUUGCACGUUUUGUGUUGCAAUGACACCUGUAGUUUCACGUGGACUGGAGCAGAACACAUCAAUCAGGAUAUUUUCGAAUGUAGAACAUGUGGGCUUACAGGAACUUUGUGUUGCUGCACAGAAUGCGCUAGAGUUUGCCAUAAAGGUCACGAUUGCAAGUUGAAAAGAACUUCGCCUACUGCUUAUUGUGAUUGCUGGGAAAAGUGCAAAUGUAAAGCAUUGAUUUAUGGCAAUCAAUCUGUCAGAUACGAACUAUUGAGCCGCCUGGUUAAAGAAACCAACUUGGUUUCUCAACCAAAUUCUCGCGGUGAAAGUAUUUUGCUGUUUCUAGUACAAACCGUUGGCAGGCAGAAUCAGGAGCAGAGACAAUUUAGUAAAUCGCGUCCGAGAACUAAUUCACGCAACAAGACCCCAUCGUCAGAUAUUGAAACUGAUAUGCCUGAACAUGAUUUGGAGCCGCCUAGGUUCAGUAGGCGGGCUUUGGAGUGUCUUUUGUCUGAUUGGAAAGCUGUUAAAAGUUUAAUUAUGUCUGGAACAAGAGAACCCAGUGAUUUACAAUUUGCAGAUCAGCCCUACGUCUCAGGCCAAUCAGGCACAACCUUAUUAGACAAAUUCACCCAUUGCUUCUUGGUGAAGUGCCAAAUGUCCACAGAUAUUUUAGGGGAAACCCUAAUAAAAGAAAUGAAAAAUCCCGACAAAAAACACAGCGAAUUAGCUAAAUUUAUUGCACGAAGAUUUGUCAGAUCCGUAGUGAGGAUUUUUGUGAUUUUUAGUAUUGAAAUUGCACCAACUUCAGCCAAAAGACGGGCCUUGAACAAUCAAAAUCAGCCGUUGAUUAAGUGCAAGCGAAUUUUCCAAUCAUUAAGCAAGUUGGCCAUUGAAGAGCUUUGUGAAACUGCCGAUUCUUUGAUAGCUCCUGUACGUUUGGGUGUAGCUAGGCCUACGGCACCAUUUUCUUUGGCCACGUCGCCCACUGACGUUUUCAACAAUUCAGAAGAUUUAUUUUUGGUUGAUCCACUAGCUCCGAGUACUUCAAGGCAAAGUAGCCAAAGCUCUACUGAUUCGCUCACUUAUUUGAGCGAUUCCAUUAGACGAUCAGCACAAACGGCUCGUGAACUACUCAACAUGGUUGAUCCAGAAGGCUUAGAUAUUGUAAUUGACAAUGAUGAUGAUGCAGCAUCCGAACAUGAAGAUAAUCCAGCAGAGCGUGAUUUGAGUAUGCUGGGCCAAGCGUCCUCACUUGCAGAAGGUGCAAAUCAAGAUGCUGCUGUUGACCAGCAAGAGAACAGGGUACUUGCUGAAGAUUCCGAUCCAGAACUGGAUUUAUUGGCGGAAACUGAAAGCGAUAGUGAUGAUAAUCAUAGUAAUCAGGAUGCGGCUAGUGCCCAAAGGUCGGUACAAACUGGAGCGACUGCUGGAAGUGAUUCAGAUGAGAGCGGCGAAUCUAGCCAGCAGGAGGAGGAAGAAAGUGAAGCGGGCACUGACGAGCUCGACACCGAGGAAUAUGUUACUGAAGAUCAGCUAGAGAGACGAAGAAGCCGUUACAGCACUGCCGCGGGAGGCGCUGGCGGCGGCCAACGCACCAACUUGGCACCGCAGAACAUGCAAUGGGCCAUCAGAUCUAGAGAAUCGAGCAGAACCACUGGCGUCAGGCUGGCCAACGGAUCGAAUUUAGUGUUUAUCGAUCCUAGUUCCUUGAGAAGAUCCACCACAGGCAGUACCACUGUGGCCACUAGCUCGGAACCAAUUACUAUGGCUACCACCUCUAGUUGUUUAGCUAGAGCUUUUGGAAUUGUUGUGCGACAAAUAUCAGAUUUGCUCGCUGGUAUGUGCAGUAGCACCUUUUCUAUUCCCGCUUCUGCUUGCAUGACUGUAUCGGCAGAUGACAUUUGUAAUGUUCAGAUAUACUUGGAAUUCCGUCUAAAACCCACUUGGGAUUGGUUACUGACUGUCAUGGAUGCCACUGAGGCUCAACUAAAAUUCGGUGCGUCCCUAACUAAUACUUUGGACAGUGGCGCAGCAAGCAGUGGUAACAUGGCGUCUGGAAGUGGACAAAGCAGUUCUGGCAACGCUGCGCAACAGCAGCAACACGCAUCCACCAGCGGCGGCGGCUCAGGAGGUGGGCAUCGACAAGUGCCUGCUCCCCCCCUUUUAGCCUCACUAGCUGCUUUAGUAGGCUCCAAUUCUGGUGUAGUAAGAUCUGGUAGGACACACGCAGUCACCAGCGGCGCUGCAGGCUCAGUUGGUAGUAGGAUUGUUGGAUUCACAACCUCGGUGGAAAACGGAAGAGGUAGAGCGGAUAGAGAUGGUGGUAAUAAUGAUGGGCACGCGGCAAGACGAGAGUUCCUUUCCUACUGUCUUUCCCUGAUGAGGGCGCAUAACAAUGAACACUUGGACUCUCUCCCUAUUUUGGACGUUUCAGCUCUAAAACACGUUGCUUACGUUUUUGAUGCGCUCAUUUACUACAUGAGGUCAGGCUUGUUGGAGCAGAGAGACGAUGAUUUGAGAAGUCAAAGCGCCCUCCCAUUGCUGCCCGGCUAUGACCAGGACGAAAAUGAAAACGAGGAAGCUGAAGAGGAUAUCGUAGAGGCUACUAUGGAUAAUGAUUCUUUGGACGAACAUAACAUGCCUAAUUUAACUUUACCCAUUAUUACUGGGGUCCACACAGUCCCCCCGCAACAAACGUUUAGUGGAAAAGGAAGAAAGCAUUCAUUUUUCCAAAGAUCUGAAAGUACUUUAUGCUUGGGAUGUCCACCACCUGACCCAUUUGAGACCCCCAUGUCUGAGGCGUUACCUUUAGCGGAUCAGCCUCAUCUUUUGCAGCCCAAUGCUCGCAGAGAAGAUCUUUUUGGCAUUCCCAAACAGCCUGUAACCUUAAAUUCCAGUGGUAAUUCGGAUAAUCCUCUGGAACAAUUACCAACCAAACUGAGCCUUUCUACUAGGACAAGUGAUUAUGCUAUGAGACAACCUGCUCAGGCCAAUCAUCCAAUUUCUAGCUCAAUGAAUAUCAUGGGUCCCAAUCCUUUGUCUUUCCCAAGAAAUUUCAAUCCUGAUGGCGAUGUUGCCAAAGAAACACCGGUGCAAGUUGAUGUACCAUCCCAAUUAAGUACCUCCAGAGAACCACAGCCAGGUCCAAGUAGUUCAAAUAGUCUCACCGGUUCCCCCCAGAAAGAUACUAAGAUAAGGAUAAUGCAGCCUUUCGAAAGCCUGCUGGCAGCUAUCGAAGAGGCUAUCAACGAAAAACCUCAAGAUUUGUCAUCUAAAGCUGUGGCCUCGAUUCCGUUACCCCCUGAAGCACCACUAACAGCAGCAGCUAGACCCCAGAUUAUUGUCUCUCCAAGGAAAUCUGAUAAUUCUAUGGAUACCAGCUCUAGUCAAGACUCACAAAUAUGUUCCGCUUUUCAUCUUCCAGAAAAUAACAUUGAUGCAAUACCAGGAGGCCCAAGAAGUUCUAAUACAAGUGUUAUUGUUCGAGUUGGUUCUUCUUCAAGCACAAUUUUGAGUCAAAGAUCUUGCGAUUCUGAUAUGAUGAUGGAUGUACAACAGCCCGAAACUUUGGAAAAUCAAGAAAUAUCUGCUAAUGUUACAGUGGUUACUACCGCAGUUGCUCAGGAUACUAGUAAGCCUACUAGUGGACAGAUGGUGUCACAUGAUUUACUGUUGGGUCGUUGGAGAUUAUCUCUAGACCUAUUUGGUCGUGUAUUCAUGGAAGAUGUAGGCCUGGAGCCUGGCUCCAUAGUCUCAGAAUUGGGCGGUUUUCCAGUAAAAGAAGCAAAGUUCAGACGAGACAUGGAAAAGCUCCGUAAUAAUCAACAAAGAGAUUUGACUCUUUCGAAAAUCGAGCGAGAUAGAAUACUGCUUUUGAUCCAAACUUUCAAGGAGCUCAACACUCAGUUUGCCAGCUACAAUAGGAGAAAUUCUACGUCGCCCCCUCUGGCGGUCAACAGAGUUAAGGUGACAUUCAAAGAUGAACCUGGUGAGGGAAGCGGCGUGGCUCGCAGUUUUUACACUGCCAUCGCAGAAGCGAUUCUAUCUAACAACAAACUACCUAGUUUAGAGUCGGCUCAAGUCGUUGACAACAAAUACAACCAAUACAGUGUGCUGCAAAGGGGCACAUUUUCUAGACUCAGACAACGAGACAGAGAAGUCCUACGUAGAUCAUUACCUUCGAGGGGUUCAGGAAGGGCCAGAGACCAUCACCAUCGUAGAGUUAUGAGCGUUGACGCACGUCCAUUUGUUGCUGCUGAAAAUUUGCAUAAUAAUAGUGCUGGUGAUGCUCCAUCUAUGCCCGACAUCACUUCCAGUGGCGGUCAUUCUAAUAAUGUAAAUGCGAUACCCAACGAAUUUUUGAGUACACAUCAGCAGCAACUUGGCGAUAGAUUGUAUCCGAAAGUUUAUAAUUUACAUCCCACUUUUGCUGGUAGAAUUACAGGUAUGUUAUUGGAACUAUCACCAGCGCAACUUUUGUUAUUGUUGGCAUCUGAAGAAGCGUUAAGAUCAAAAGUAGAAGAAGCUGUUGAAAUGAUUUUAGCUCAUUCUCAAUCCCACUCGGAUAUGGGUUCUGAUGCUAUGUUAGAUUUUUCAUUGAGCGGAUCAAGAAAGAGUGCUAGUACCGCAAAGGAUGGUCCUGUUACAGAAGAGGCUGUGCCAGAAGAAGAGGAUAACACUCCGUUAUUCUAUUGUCCUGGAAAACGAGGAUUUUACGCUCCUAGACAAGGAAAAGCCUCGUUUGAGAGGUUGAACGCCUUUAGGAAUGUUGGAAGGCUUCUAGGUUUAUGCCUGUUACAAAACGAAUUGUGCCCAAUAUUCUUGACUAGGCACGUGCUUAAAUCCAUCUUGGGCCGUCCAAUCAAAUUCCACGACUUGGCCUUUUUUGAUCCGGUUGUGUAUGAAUCUCUCAGACAACUUGUCCUUGAUGCUGAGACUAAGGACAGCAGUAGCCUGUUUUCGGCUUUAGAUUUGAACUUCACGAUUGAUUUGAGUCCUGAAGAAGGUGGUGGUACAGUGGAAAUAAUGCCAAAUGGAAAAGAUAUUGAAGUAACCUCUAGCAAUGUUUAUGAUUAUGUUAGAAAAUAUGCGAAAUAUAGGAUGAUUAAAGUGCAGGAAAAAGCUAUUGAGGUUAUUCGCACUGGCGUUUUUGACGUCCUCCCAGAAGGUUCUUUAGACGGUUUGACUGCAGAAGAUUUACGGCUUCUUCUUAACGGAGUGGGCGAUAUAAAUGUAUCAGUCCUAAUUUCCUACACAUCAUUCAAUGAUGAAUCUGGGGAAAGCAGCGAAAGACUUGUUAAAUUUAAACGUUGGCUAUGGUCAAUUGUUGAAAAAAUGACUCACUUAGAGAGACAAGAUUUGGUUUAUUUCUGGACUGGAUCGCCAGCAUUGCCAGCAAGCGAAGACGGUUUCCAGCCAAUGCCUUCAGUGACAAUUCGACCUGCUGACGACGCACAUUUGCCCACUGCAAACACGUGCAUCUCCAGACUUUAUAUACCCCUAUACAGUAGCCGAACUGUUCUUAGGCAAAAACUGUUGUUGGCUAUUAAAACUAAGAAUUUCGGAUUUGUUUAGGAACCUAAUUUUUUGAAUUUGUAGGGGAAACACAUGUUUUGUUAAUUAUUAACUAUGAAUUAAUUAUAUUUUUUUUUCAUAUGCCUAUUCUAGUUUAUAAUUAUUUUUUAAUUUCUAUAAUAUUGUGAUUUUUUUUUGUAUAUAUUAUAAUAAAUAAUUAUAAUAUAAUAUUAGGAGACCAUACAAUAAUUGCUGGUUCAAGUAGAUAUAAUGGCUAUUUUAAAAAUGUAUUAUUUGCCUUUUCUUCACUCGACUUUAUUUUGUUAUUUAUUGUUUAAAUUAUUAUGGGGAAAGAAUUUAAUUGUUAAGAGUUUUAAGUAUCAUUUCAUUUUGGUAAUUUUUGUUUUUCGUUUUGGACAUUUAAACAAUGGUUUGUUUGUUGACGGAGUAGCUUUUAAAUAACAAUAUAAUAAAUUAUGCAGG